UCAUCAAGUUCCGCCUUCCCGCCUCUUUGUCAUAUAUAGAACCGAGGUUGCCAGAAAGAAAACAGGCAGGAAAAUCGAGAACAGGAAGAGUUCCAACAAAGAACCGAUGGUCCUGAUAUUCUGAGUUUCUUGCACCAUAGUGGAUCCAAGGAAAAUGGCAGCCUGUUAUUUCGUUAUACUGCUGAUAUUCUUUCUUGAACACAGAGAUGGUAGCUGUUCCGAAAAAAGUGUCCCAGCAACGGGACACUUACUGCCACUUGGUUCGCAUACAUCGCCAAGUGAAGUCGAAGAGAGAUCCGAUGUGCCUAGUGCAAAGGAGUUCAUGGAACGCUAUGUUUUUCCUUCAAAGCCUGUUGUUUUCAGAGGAAUCUUAAAGAACUCUCCAAUGCUAGAAAAAUGGACUGAUGAAUAUAUUGCUAAAACCUACCCAGAAUUGGAAGUAAGAAUGGAGGCAAAAACCGAAAAGGAAGGUUACGUUCCAAUCGGAAGUAUUGGGAUGGGACGUGACUCGCUUAAAAAUUUCAUAGACACGUACCACAUUACAAACAAAUAUUUAGUGUCAGAGCUGCCCACUCCGACAUGGCAUGAGGUUGUUGUUCCAUCCUUUAUGACAUGUGGACCCGUGCUAAAGAACUUCGUUGAGAUAGACUUAUGGAUGAGUGGUGGAAAUACCAGCAGUUUGCUCCACAAAGAUGCAUUUAAUGCUUUAAACUGUCUGUUCAAUGGAACAAAAGAGUGGAAGCUUUUUGCAUACAAACAUGAGAAAAAAUUGUAUAAAGCAUAUGAGCCUGGUUCUCCUCUUGGUGGUUUUUCAAGGAUCAACCCAGAUGCUGUAGACAUGAUAAAGUACCCCAAGGUUGCUACAGUGCCUUGGUCCUUCACAACUGUUAAAAAGGGUGACUGUCUUUUUCUUCCAAAAAGUAUGUACCAUCAGGUGAAAUCCUAUGGAACAAUGAAUACUGCUGUAGCCAUGCUGUUUUCCAGAUUUGAUCACAUUCAACAAAAUAAAACCCGCUUUACAGACUGCCCCAGCAAACCUUUACCACUUCAAGAUAUAGAUGUGGAUUUACAAUACUCUGGAAAAGGCAUGAUGUCAAUGGGAUAUUCAGAAUUAAGGAAUGUCAGGGAGCAAUUGAUGGCAAAUAUAGACGAUAAUGAUAAGUCUACAUAUAAACAUAUUUUAGAAGCAGUCAGCAUAAAGGAUGGACACCCACUUUCUCCUGAGGAGAAAGCAGACAGGUUAAUGAGCAUUCUUAAAAAACAUGGAAAAUCUGCCAAGAGAAUCACAAGGAAAUUAGUUAAAACUUUGCCAAGGAGUUCAAUAAGAGAGGUUAGCUUUCUGAUAGAGCCAUUUUUACCCUCCAAUUCCUAUGACUAUGAGUAUUUUCAGAUAAGUCCAAGAGAGAUAGCUGAGUUGCUCAGUAUUUUGGUCAAAAAAAGCAAUGGGGUUGUCAAAAGAGAUGAUUUUGUGAAACAGUAUCAAGAAAGACUUUGGGGGUCUGAAAAAUUUGGGGACUCUUUUUUUGAUGAUUUAGCAGGAAAAGGUUCAACCAGUGUAGGGAAGGAAGGCAUAAUAACCAACUUCCAUUCUGCAGCAAGAAAGUUUGAUAAAAAAGAAGGUGGACAAGGUGAUUCAGAUGAGGAUGAUGGUCGCGAUGAAGAGGAUGAUGAUAAUGAAAAAGGCAAUUAUGAUGAUGCAUAUAUUGGAAGAAAUAUUGAUCUAGAUUCUGAAAAGGAUGAUGAAACCUUGAUGGGUUUAGGAAAGCAAAUUUUUGAAAAGGGUUUUGUAGACAAUGAACUUAGUUAUGGGGCUAGUAUAAACACUCAAGAAGAAGCCCAAGAAAAUUCUGUAGUUCCAGAUAGUGAAGAAAAAAACAAACAUUUAAUGCACGAUAGAGAUGGUCAGAAACAACACAGUGCCAAUGAACCACAAGGCUUGAACAAGGAUGAACUUUAAAAUCAAUUUUUGCACACUGCUGUCAGCUGCUAAUUUGUAUUGUGGAAUGCAAAGUUUUAAUAUGCAGAAAGUCUUUUAUUUAAUUAUUGUUCACAAUAAAACCUUCCGAAAAAUAAAUAUAACAAA